AUGUGCCCAGUCGACACAUACUGUGCCCUCUGCGGUGUCCUCAUCAGCCAUAAAGGCUUUGAGUUUGAAUCUGAUGGAUUCUAUUGGGACCCAGCUCCUCCGCAGAGACGGUUCCGGGAGGCCAGCAUGGCAUACGGGCGUGGAGUCAAGUACAUUGACGAGAGUGGUAUCCUCGGGACCUUCCCGGAUAAGGCGACCAUUAUCUCCUGGCUAGACUGCGAGGGCCUUCUGAACUCCAUCCGAGCCACCUUCCGCCAGGACACCAAAUCUUCACAAUUUCCUCUAGUAUCGCUAUCGCUCACAUUUGCGAAUUCACACAUUUCCACAGUCGGGCCCUCAGAGUUUCACCCAGCCGACGACAACGAGCAAGACGGAGGGUCGGGCUACACGCACGAUACCUGGGAGAUUCAAGGAUCACGGCUCAAGACUUUGCGUCUGUGGACAGAUGAGUGGCAGACUCUAACAGGGCUACAGUUUUUGGAGCAGAACGGGGCUCAAAGUCCAAGAUGGGGAGAUUGCAAGACGGAAGGUCCUGUCGAGCUGGAUCUGCAAAGCAGCACUGGGGGAUGGGCCAAAGGACUGAAGGUGUUUAUUGACCCGGAUGACUCUGUGGUUGUGAGGGUUCAGUUGAUAGAGAUCGAGAGUCCACGUCGGGGCUCAAUUCAGUAA